AUGACGAUGGACAACGGAGACUUCACUAAAACUCUCCCCACAUGGCGGUUUGUUGUCCUUUCAUCAAAACUUUGUUAAUUAGCUAAUAUUUUUCUUUUACAUAUCUUAUUUAACUGUGUCUGGUUUGUUCUAGGGUCUUGGAGACAAAAUGUCAAAUGCAGGCAAUAGUAGAAGCUCAAGUCCAGCAUCUGGAGUUCUUAGUGCUGAGGGAAAUCAACCCAGUGGUAAGACAAACAUUGUCUUGAUUUGGGCCUUUCUUUUGGUUCACCAAAUUCCUAUUUUUCUUUUUUAUAAAAUGUUAAAAGGUGUAAUUCACUCUUUUAUUUUCUAGAAUGCUACAGUGUUAUAAUAAGACAGCUUCAUGAUGAAAUAGAUACAGUGGGGAGAACAAGUAUUUGAUACACUGCCGAUUUUGCAGGUUUUCCUACUUACAAAGCAUGUAGAGGUCUGUAAUUUUUAUCAUAGGUACACUUCAACUGUGAGAGACGGAAUCUAAAACAAAAAUCCUGAAAAUCACAUUGUAUGAUUUUUAAGUAAUUAAUUUGCAUUUUAUUGCAUGACAUAAGUAUUUGAUCACCUACCAACCAGUAAGAAUUACGGCUCUCACAGACCUGUUAGUUGUUCUUUAAGAAGCCCUCCUGUUCUCCACUCAUUACCUGUAUUAACUGCACCUGUUUGAACUCGUUACCUGUAUAAAAGACACCUGUCCACACACUCAAUCAAACAGACUCCAACUUCUCCACAAUGGCCAAGACCAGAGAGCUGUGUAAGGACAUCAGGGAUAAAAUUGUAGACCUGCACAAGGCUGGGAUGGGCUACAGGACAAUAAGCAAGCAGCUUGGUGAGAAGGCAACAACUGUUGGCGCAAUUAUUAGAAAAUGGAAGAAGUUCAAGAUGACGGUCAAUCACCCUCGGUCUGGGGCUCCAUGCAAGAUCUCACCUCGUGGGGCAUUAAUGAUCAUGAGGAAGGUGAGGGAUCAGCCCAGAACUACACGGCAGGACCUGGUCAAUGACCUGAAGAGAGCUGGGACCACAGUCUCAAAGAAAACCAUUAGUAACACACUACGCCGUCAUGGAUUAAAAUCCUGCAGCGCACGCAAGGUCCCCCUGCUCAAACCAGCGCAUGUCCAGGCCCGUCUGAAGUUUGCCAAUGACCAUCUGGAUGAUCCAGAGGAGGAAUGGGAGAAGGUCAUGUGGUCUGAUGAGACAAAAAUAGAGCUUUUUGGUCUAAACUCCACUCGCCGUGUUUGGAGGAAGAAGAAGGAUGAGUACAACCCCAAGAACACCAUCCCAACCGUGAAGCAUGGAGGUGGAAACAUCAUUCUUUGGGGAUGCUUUUCUGCAAAGGGGACAGGACGACUGCACCGUAUUGAGGGGAGGAUGGAUGGGGCCAUGUAUCGCGAGAUCUUGGCCAACAACCUCCUUCCCUCAGUAAGAGCAUUGAAGAUGGGUCGUGGCUGGGUCUUCCAGCAUGACAACGACCCGGAACACACAGCCAGGGCAACUAAGGAGUGGCUCCGUAAGAAGCAUCUCAAGGUCCUGGAGUGGCCUAGCCAGUCUCCAGACCUGAACCCAAUAGAAAAUCUUUGGAGGGAGCUGAAAGUCUGUAUUGCCCAGCGACAGCCCUGAAACCUGAAUGAUCUGGAGAAGGUCUGUAUGGAGGAGUGGGCCAAAAUCCCUGCUGCAGUGUGUGCAAACCUGGUCAAAACCUACAGGAAACGUAUGAUCUCUGUAAUUGCAAACAAAGGUUUCUGUACCAAAUAUUAAGUUCUGCUUUUCUGAUGUAUCAAAUACUUACGUCAUGCAAUAAAAUGCAAAUGAAUUACUUAAAAAUCAUACAAUGUGAUUUUCGGGAUUUUUGUUUUAGAUUCCGUCUCACAGUUGAAGUGUACCUAUGAUAAAAAAUUACAGACCUCUACAUGCUUUGUAAGUAGGAAAAGCUGCAAAAUUGGCAGUGUAUCAAAUAGUUGUUCUCCCCACUGUAGGUCCAAAAUGUCCUACAAAGAAGUUGAGGCCAUGGUCCAAGCUCACAUGAAGGUACAGUAUGAUAAUGAUUGAUGAUGCAUAGUAGCAAAUCACUGUUUUACAUGUUUUUAUGGUUUUCUUUUAGUAUCCAGUAAUUGGCCAUGGCUCUGUGAUCUGCUGUGGGAAUAUCUAUCUGUCUGAAAAACAAAAGCGUUUUAUGUUCUCAGCCUAUUUUGGAUCAAAUUCGUUCAGAUGCAUGUCAAUUGGUAACUAAGUCAUCAGCAUUGGAGGAUAGCUGUCACAGGAAAGACCAACAGGACAAACACAUUCUCUUACAUACCCCCUCCCUCAAAUGGUUCCUUUUGAAAUUAGCCUUUACCAAAAAAGAAAAUGUGUGUGGAAUUUUCAUUGUUAGACAUAAAAGACACACAAAAAAACACCAGGAAAUCAGCUCCAAGUGAUUUUAAUUUAAGAAAUCUGUUCUUAAGUAUUCCCACGCAUAAUAGAGAGACAUGACGUGAUCAUGUACAAAUGUAAGCAAGGUUUGAAAGGAUUAUGUUUUAGUCAAACAUUAUAUCUGUUGGGCUUCUUGCGGUCAAUUUGCGGUCUACAAAUUAUUUGUAAUUAUGUUCCGGCCCCCGACUAUCCACUCAACAAAAAAAUUGGACUGCGGCUGAAUCUAGUUGAUGAUCGCUGCUAUAGGAUAAUAUUCAUAGUCAUGUGUGACCAUCCUGCAUUUAUCCUCUGUGCUGUGUUUGACUGAAGGAUUACGUGCAGAGCUACCUGAUCUCAUCCGACCGUACACUCCUACUCUCUGAGAACGAUGCCAUAAAAUUGGAGCUCAGAAAUGCCAAGAGUCGACAUGAGACUGUGAUCAAGAGCCUCCACCUGUCCCUCCAUUCUGCUGAGCAGGAGAACAAGAGCUCCAAGCUCACAUUCCAGCAGAACCUCUGUCUGAGGACAAGGUACACUCCAUGGAGCAGAAACUCAAGGAGUUUGAGGGACAGGUCCUGUCUUUGCAGCACAAUCUCAUGGGCUCCAAUGAGAGAACUCAGUGUGCAGAAAAUCCUAUGGGUCUCCGACAAGAGGCUCCAGUCCCUUCAGCAAGACCUGGAGGAGUCUGAGAAGAGAGGCCAAAGUCUGCAGAAAAUCCUUGGGGACUCCCAAGAGAGGACCCAGUCUCUGCAACAGAACCUGGCUUCCUUUGAGAAGAACAUCCAGACCCUCAGCUAGAACCUUAGCGCUUCAGAAAAGAAGGUUAAGUUCCUUCAGCACAAUAACUGGAAGUCUGAGGAAAAGGUCUCUCUCCUACAGAAGAGCCUGAAGUAUUCAGAGGAGAAGGUCGUAUCCCUCCAACACAACCAUUGGGCCUCGGAGGAGAAAGCCCAGUCCCUGCAGCAGAGCCUCAACUCCUCAGAGGAAAAUUUCCAGUCGACAAAACAUUGGCUCAAGGCUACAGAUGAGAAGGCCAAAGCCCUGAAGGAGGCUCUCAGAUCUUCAGAGGAGAAGACCCAGUCCUUACAGGAGGCCCUGGCGGUCAGCGAGAGCCGGAUCAGGGCGGCCAAGGCCCAGCAGCAGUCUCUGGAGAAAUGCAAAAAGGAGCAGGAGGAGAGGAUCAAGAGUUUGAUGAAGACUCUCAGGGUUUCUGAGGAGAGGCACCACAGCACAGUGCAGGACCUGCAGAUGGGUCUUCAGAGUGCCAGGGAGAAAGUGGAGAUUCUGCAGGAUGCACUGGACAAGACUGAGUCUGGGCAAGUGAAGGAGGUGGGGCAGCUUCAACAGAAACUGAACAGAGCUACAAAGAAAUUGUCUUCAACAGAGCAGGAGCUGCACAGCCAGAGUGAGUGAAUAAUGUUGAAGAUUAUAUUAUAUUGUAUGAAAAACGUAUGCACUCACUAACUGUAAGUCGCUCUGGAUAAGAGCGUCUGCUAAAUGACUAAAAUGUAAAAAUGUAAAUAUCAGAUGUUUCCCUUUCACUGUAUAAUCCUGAUUUCAUAUUGGCUUUGUUAGUUGUUGCCUUGAACACUCAAUUACUGGAGGAGCAGUCAAAGGCAAACAAGGAGCUCGAGAGAUCCAUUAGAUAUGAGAAAGAGCUGCAAGACACUAUCAACGAUCUCAGGUUAACAUAAGUACACACAUACACACACACACUUUCCUUUAUUGAUACAAAUAAAAACAGAUAAAAACAAUGAAGAUACAACAGUGACCCUAGCCAAUGAUUGGACGUGAUAUGACUCCUUUAUAUCCCCUCUCUCUCCACUUCGACAGAAAGAAGCUGAAAACCUAAAUUGAGGAGAGGGAGUUUGACCUGAAUAGCCUGAGGAUGUGUCAGAAGGACCUGGCGGAUGUACAGCACCACCUACAGGCAGACCUGCUGAGGUGCAGACUGGUCUGUGGCCUGGAGAAGGGACCACAUCACUUCACCCCCGCAUGGGUGGCCUGAAGGAGGGGUUCUUCAAUUUGAAAACCAACCUGCACUCUGUCCUGGAGAAGGAGGCUGGGAGAGACGACCAGAGGAGGCAAGACUGGAUGCAGACAAGACUGGAUGUUAGACAAGAGCAAGGAAUGGGAAAAAAAGGCAGAACACCUGGUGAGACAUCCUUUUGUUUUAUUGUAAAUCAUGUACAAUUGAUGACCAGUACACAUUGGUAUAUUUUGCUUACGGCACGCUUACUCAGACAAUAAAUUAUAACUUUCAAGGUAUUGCUACUAGUCUUGUUACGCUACCUUAGUAGCAGUAGACCUACCUCAUGAAGAAGCACAGCUGAGGUUUCACAAACCAUAGAAGCAACAGAGCAUUUCUGCAUCAUUAUUACAAUAUGACUGAGUUGUUGGCUGUAUGUGCCUCUUUUCUGCAGGUGGACAGUUUAGAUUCUCUGCAGUGUCACCAGCUGCUGGAAGAAGGAGGGGAUAAGAGGGACCAAUAUAGAGUAGUAGCAUGGAUAAGUGGAGCAUCACCCUCCCCCCGUUCCCCUUCUGCUGUGACGAUGCCCCAGAGGAACCUCUCUACGAGACCUGCUUCUCCAUAUCCCUAUGGGUAAUCUAAUCAACAUCUCGGCAUAGAUUUAAUAAUUUAGCCCAGAUCUUUUAUUUUCAUACUCUCCCAUGUUGCUGUCUCCUGGGAGAGUGGAUGGAAGGUUCUGUGGUAUUAUGCUUUUAAAUUUUUGAGUGCCAUGACAGUCCUGUAUGUAUUGUUUUGUCUUCUUUUCUUCACAGGCAAUAUUUAGGCCAGGAGAAGAAGCUUUGGUCUAGCGCCCCCUGUGGGUUGAAGGAUUCUGAAGGCAUGCAGCAUUUACUAACAGUCCAAAAAAGACUGAAGAACCUCCAGUCA